UUUGUUCUUCAGUGCGUCAGAAAUGUUGCUGGUGGAGGUGUCGAUCUUCCUGCUCCUCGGUCUCUCGGCAGGUGUUCAGGGGUUAACAGUGAAGCCUGGAGAGGAUGCAACUCUUCAGUGUCACUGUCCCAGCCAUGCUGCCGUCAGCAUGUUAGAGUGGACCAGACUGGAACAGAAGUCACAUGGUUACGUGUUCUUCUACCGGAACAACCGGUUGAUUGAAGAUUACCACGAUCCGUCUUUUCAAGGUCGAGUGAAGCUGAGAGAUCCAGAGAUGGAGGAUGGAGACGUGUCUGUGACUUUGAAGAACGUCACCGUCAAUGAUACUGGAACGUACAAGUGUACUAUUACCAGCAUCAUAACAGAGAAUGGUGAAAGAACAACCACUGAUGAGUUCAGCACCUUUGUCAGCCUGACUGUCACAGACUCAGGUCCCUCAGCUCCACUCAAGUUGGCUGAAGGAAACAAGGGUGAAGGAAACAAGGAUGAAGGAGACAAGGAUGAAGGAGACUAUGGUGGAGGAAACGAGGAUGAAGGAGACUAUGGUGAAGGAAACAAGGAUGAAGGAGACUAUGGUGGAGGAAACAAGGAUGAAGGAGACUAUGGUGUUCAGGGGUUAACAGUGAAGCCUGGAGAGGAUGCAACUCUUCAGUGUCACCAUCCCAGCCAUGCUGCCGUCAGCAUGUUAGAGUGGACCAGACUGGAACAGAAGUCAGAUGAUUACGUGUUCUUCUACCGGAACAACCGGUUGUACAAAGAUUACCAGGAUCCGUCUUUUCAAGGUCGAGUGGAGCUGAGAGAUCCAGAGAUGGAGGAUGGAGACGUGUCUGUGACUUUGAAGAACGUCACCGUCAAUGAUGCUGGAACGUACAAGUGUACUAUUACCAGCAUCAUAACAGAGAAUGGUGAAAGAACAACCACUGAUGAGUUCAGCACCUUUGUCAGCCUGACUGUCACAGACUCAGGUCCCUCAGUUCCACUCAAGUUGGCUGAAGGAAACAAGGGUGAAGGAAACAAGGAUGAAGGAGACAAGGAUGAAGGAGCCUAUGGUGGAGUAAACGAGGAUGAAGGAGACUAUGGUGAAGGAAACAAGGAUGAAGGAGACUAUGGUGGAGGAAACAAGGAUGAAGGAGACUAUGGUGAAGGAAACAAGGAUGGGAGAAAGAUUCAGGAACCUGUUGUAAUUGCGCCUUUUCUGAAAGUUGCUGUCCUGUUACUUAUUAUUAUUGCUGUCGUCUUUAUAAGAAAUAAGAUGAUGAACAGACACACGAAUGUCUUAGGAAGGUGCUGCUCUCAGGUCCUGAAAGUGUCAGAGCGCUUCACUCAUAAAUGUUCACGUGUUCUGCUGGAAGACUGAAAACAGGGCGGAUAUGGCUGAUACCACCAAGAUAGGUUUUUUCAAUUUGGGUGACCUAAGCCUUUAUACAGAAAAAUUCCCCAUUAUAAGUCUGGUGGUGGCGCAACCUGAUGGCAUUGAUCUGCAGAGUUGUGUCUGGGAGUCUCGCUAGGUGCACUGAUGCCCCCCCACAGUCCAAUGACCUGCAGACUCGUCUGGUUCAUGUAGAUGCGCUACUUUGGUUCAUCUAUUCCAGAGAAUAUUGGUCGUGCUGUCGACAGCUUUUGAUCACAUCUUUUAAAACAUGAUAGUGUACGACACUGCAGGACGCUCAUAAGUCACAUUCACAAAAAAAUAUAUAUAAUAAAUAAUAAUAAAUAUAAUAAUAUAAUAAAUAUUAAUAAAAAACACUAGUAGCACUUAUGUGGCACUUUGUAGUUAGCCUUUCUAAAAAUUGUCCUGACUUGCUUCUUGUUGUUCUGGUUUAAUGCACUUAUUGUAAGUCACUGUGUAUAAAAGCUUAAUGAAAUGUAAUGUAAAGUAAAAGAGACAUCUACAUAUUUUAGCAUUUAGCAGCUAAUUAGUCUGAUGUUUUCAGGAGGAGGAGGAGACCAAACAUGUUUGUCGUUAUGUUGAAAACGUGUUAAUGUGAACGCGGCAGGAAGCUGAACGUCGGUUACAAUGCUGCAAAAAGUGGAGAGCAUCUUUAACUAAAGCACAACACUGACAUUUUGCAAGUUGUAAAUACUAAAAAUGAAUAAAAUGAACGUUGAUUUAAUCGUCAGCAGCAGAACAUGUGAUCAUCUCAGGAAUAAAGGAGUCAAACAGAAAGUGGAAUGUUAUUUUGAAUGAAUGUACUUUUCUGUUAUCAGCAUUUGAUUCAGUUUUACAUGUUUUUAAUAAAAACAUUUUUAAAGA